AUCUUGUCUUAGUCAUCUCAAAUAUGGUCUCCGACCUUUCAAUUCCAAAGCUGCAAAAAGUGUCGGAUUAACAAAAUUCUCAGCCAUGGAAAUUGCAUCUGUUCCUUCUUUACUUCUACAAUCUCACCCAUGGCCAAAUCCCUCUCCCUUCCAUCUCUCCCCUUCAUUUCCCCUUCUUCCAUUACAACCCAUCUCUCACAUCUCCCCAAAAUAUCUUGCUCUUCCAUUUCUAUUCAAUCUCAAUCAGCUAAACACCAGCUUCUCACUCUCAUAUCUGACCAAGAAAGAGGUCUCAAGACCCAGAAAAAUCCCCAGAAACUUGCUUCAAUUGUGAAAUCAAUCGACGACUUGGCUUCUCUUGGCCGUAAUUCUGUCACUACCGACGAUUCACUUUCUGCGACAUGGCGUCUUCUGUGGACUACUGAGAAAGAGCAGCUGUUCAUCAUUGAGAAGGCUCACUUGUUUGGUACUCAAGCUGGGGACGUUUUGCAGGUUAUUGAUGUUGAGAAAAAGAGUCUCAACAAUGUUAUCACUUUUCCUCCAGAUGGGGUUUUCUUUGUUCGGUCCAACAUUGAAGUUGCUUCCUCUCAGAGAGUGAAUUUUAGAUUUACAAGUGCUGUUCUGCGAGGAAAAAACUGGGAGAUUCCGUUACCACCAUUUGGACAGGGUUGGUUUGACACAGUAUACCUCGAUGACGAGAACCGGGUUGUAAAAGAUAUCCGAGGUGAUUAUUUGAUUGUUGAACGUGCUCCCUACAGUUGGACAGAAUGAAAGCUGAAUCUUAAGUUUUCAAUGCUGCUGUACAAAAAUGAUGUAGUUGAUCAUAGUUGUAUUACUCAUCUAAUGUUUCUCCCAAGUAGAUUCAUCCUCAUGGUAUCUGUGUUCUUAUCAUGCAAGACAUGCAACAACUCUCACUGUAUAUAUUUAAGCUUAUAAGUAUUUCCACUUAUGAUUUAUUUA